AUGAGAGUCGUUGACGAAGUAGGACAAGUCUAUUCCAAUGGUCAUACGACAAGCUCAAACGGGUCGACACCCCGAAAACCUUUACACACCGCCAUAAACGGUCAUGGCUCUGAUAAUCUCAACGGGUCGAGCCCCUCUUUCACGAAUGGUGCGGUCAAGAGAAUGUCACCCGUGAGGCCGACCACGUACCGGGGCCACGAUAGGGAAGAGGUUGUAAGAAUACUCAUUCAAGGCCUGAUGGACAUGGGAUAUGCCGACGCAGCCAGUGUCUUGAGCAGUGAGAGUGGGUACGAACUAGAGAGUCCUUCCGUUGCAGCCUUUCGAAGUGCGAUAUUAGAAGGCGUAUGGUCGGAAGCCGAAGCAUUAUUACUUGGUUCUCAUGGACAUGAUCCAGGUGGGGGCUCGCAUCUGGAGGACGACCAGUAUGGGGAAGGCCUCGUGCUUGCUGAGGGUGCUGACCGUGGGCAAAUGCUAUUCUGGAUUCGGCAACAAAAGUUCCUUGAAUUGCUUGAUAGCCGGGACCUUACAGUCGCUCUUAUGGUGCUGAGGCAGGAGCUGACACCUUUAGGACACGAUAUUCACCAGCUACAUGCUCUUUCGACGUUGUUGAUGUGCCCGCCCGAGGAUCUCAGGACUAAGGCCCAUUGGCCCGCCACCGUGGAAGAGUCAAGGGCAAUGCUGCUGCAAGAUCUAUCUCGGUCAAUUGCACCGUCUGUCAUGAUUCGAGAUCACAGGUUAGCUGAGCUUUUCGACCAGGUGAAGCAAAAUCAGAUAAAUCAGUGUCUGUACCAUAACACAUCAACGGCUCCGUCACUCUACUCGGACCAUCUCUGCGACCGCAACGAUUUCCCAGCCCGGACGUCUCUGCAGCUGGAAGAUCAUACAGGCGAAGUCUGGCAUGUUCAGUUUUCCCACGAUGGCACAAAACUGGCAACCGCAAGCCAAGACAGGACAGUCAACAUUUACGAGACUGUGACCUUCAAGCGUCUUCACGAGCUCAAACAACAUUCGGGGGAGGUGACGUACGUGUCAUGGAGCCCUGAUGACUCCAAAAUCAUCACCUGUUCACAGGACUGCAAAGCACGAGUCUGGGACGUGGAGUCUGGCAGAUUAAGGCUGACGUUACAACACGACACCGACGACCAGCAUUACGGUAUCACAGCUGCCGCCUGGGCCCCCGAUUCUAUGAGUUUCGUGACGGCGAGUCAUGACCGGCAUGAUCAGCUCUGUCACUGGAGUCUUCUGGCACCUGAACCUGAGCGGCCCAUUCAUACAUGGCCGAAGGGCUUCCGGGUACAAGAUGUUGCGAUCACGGAUGAUGGCCACUGGCUGGUCGCACUCGAUCCUCAGAACAUAAUCAGGGUCUUCGACAUGCACACAUACCGGGAGGAACCGCCCAUCAAAGUCGUUGGCAAAAUGACAAGCAUCAGUUUGAGUCAUGAUGGCAACACUGUUCUCGUCAAUCUGGCUGUCGGGGAAGUGCAUAUGAUUGACCUGGUAACCAGAGACACCGUUCGCAGGUUCAAAGGCCAGAAACAGGGCGAGUUUGUGAUUCGAAGUUGUUUUGGAGGUGCGGCUGAGAACUUCGUCGUUAGUGGCUCCGAAGAUGGCUUAAUCUAUGUCUGGCACAAGGAGAAUGAAGCACUUAUCGAAAAGCUGUCUGGUCACAGUCGAGGUGUUGGCGGCAAGGACUGCGUCACUACGGUCGACUGGAAUCCCAGGGAUGCCUCAAUGUUUGCAUCUGGUGGUGACGACCGUAAAGUGCGAAUAUGGACAAACAGGCUCUCGUCCAUUGAUGCCAUUCCGAAUAUCUUGAACAGGUCUAGCGCCCGCCAUGAUUCUGGGCGAACAAGCGCAAUGAGGUCGACGUUAUAA